CUUUAUCUUUUCUUCGGAAGCAUCGGCACUAGUCCUACGAUGAUUGACAGCGAUCAACGUGUAUCUCGUUGAUUUAAAGCGUCUUCGAGAUGAAAGUGGACGUCGGAGUUUUGGGGCCUCUUGGAACCUACACACACCAGGCAGCACAUGAAUACUUUCAAGCUUCGGCCAUCUACAACGAGAGACAGACGAUAGCUGCCACACUCGAGUCCCUCGAAACCCUUGAUUAUGCCGUUGUACCUCGAGAAAACUCCAUUUUCGGCUCCGUUGUCGAAACUUUUGAUGGUCUUAGAGUCUUGAAGCAAGGACUGAUUCAAGGUGAAGUUGUGCUGAAAAUCCAACACUGUCUUGUUGUCAAAAAGGGCGCAAAAAUUUCGGACAUUGAUUGUGUCAUUAGCCAUGAGCAGGCCUUAGGACAGUGCCGAAGAUUUCUCAGUGAACAUUUGCCUUCUGCUACGACCUCCAAGACGACAUCGACUGCGGCUGCAGCGGAAACAGUAUCUAAACUGCAGAAAUUAAAUGUGGCCGCGAUAUGCUCCAAGAUCUGUAUUACGAUGUUUGACGAUUUGGAAAUUCUUCUGGAUGGGAUACAAGAUGAAGACAUCAACUACACGCGAUUUUUCAUUCUGGGAAAAGAUUCUGAAGGCAGACCACCCUUCAAACCUUUGCGACCCACACAUGCCCUAAUACGUGUCACUCCUUCAAAGACGUGUUUCGACUUGGCAGAACUCUUGAAAAUUGUUGAUCUUUCUGUGAAACGUAUAGACCGAAGACCCGCACCAGCUUCCGACCCCUUUCUUGACAUAUAUUUCCUGGAGGUCGUAUCGUCCCCACAUAACCCUUCGGAAUGGCCAGAACAGGUGUCGCAUUCAAUUCUGAGAAUCCGGGACAAUGGCCACUUCGCUGAAAGCAUUGGACUUUGGUAGAUGAUAUUUCCAUAUGCAUUAGACUUUAUACAAAAUUGUUAUACACGACGCCUCUAUAUAUGUACAGUUACAGUAUCCUUUCAUAAUCCGAUAGAACAUAC